AUGACGUUGUCGGUGAAGAAAUUGAAGGCUCUCUUAGAACAAAGAGGUGUCGGUUAUGCUGGACUUGUAGAGAAGAAAGAACUUACUGGACUGGUGGAAGCUACAGGUGUUGUCACUGAUGAUGAAGUGUCGGAUGUUGGAGAAGGAGAAGAGUCAUUGCCUGAUGUAACUAAUUUUAUAUCUGGUUAUGAUUUUUAUGAACAAGUCGAAGAUACUAAAGACAGUGUGUGGCUUGUGCAAGUCAUCACAAGUGCUAACAAUGCCUCCUUCAUCAGCAAUGCAAGCUGGAAGUCUGUUCGAAAGAAAGUAGCAAAAUUUGGAGUCCGAGCUGGAGUCAUGGAUUGUUCUUUGGAUUGGAAAUUAUGCCGGAAGAAGGGCUGGUAUUCUUCACAAGUCAUCUUAUCUCUUCCUGAAAAUUUCCAAACUAAAGCCAACGUUGUGAUGCAUGUUUACAGUGGACCAGCCAAACCCAAUAUCAUUGGUUCAUUUGUGGGUUGCAUUAUGCGCAAAGAUCUCCUUUUUUACAGCAACAGUCGGCUGCUCUUGGCAGGAACAUUUUUACUCUAUUCUACACUUGUUGGCUACAUUCAGUAUAAACGUAAAGGUGGAAUCAUUGAUGAAGAUGAAAUGGACUGGUUCAACUUCACUCAAUUGCAGAGUCUCAAUCCAUUGCUGAAUCCAUCUUUCCAAAUUGUUCAUCCAGGAGGUCUGUAUGCUAUGUACCUGUUGGAAGGUAGCGAUACGUACAUCUUGGAUAAUAAUGACUUCCUUGCACAUUUCCCUGAUCUGGUAACAGAAAUGCAGACCAUAGUCUCUAGUGACUAUAUUAAACAUCUCCCUCGAUGGAAAUAUGGAAUGCUGCAAGCUCCUGCUGACUCUUCAAAUGGAACUUGUUGCCAUGAUUCUGUGACGAAAAAUAAAGUCCAUGAAAUGGACCAUCUAUUUCCCUGUGGACCACCUGAUUAUGAUGCUCCAGACAAUCCUGUAAUUCAGAUGAUGGAUGGAAACUACCGCUGUGAUUGUGUGCAAAGAAACCCUUCCUCCUCAUCCUUAUUCUCUUGCCCCACAGGUUCAGCCUCUAGCCAACAUCCCUGUCCAUAUGCUUCCACUUCGGAAGUUCUUUACACAGAAGCAUGUUGUCAGCUCCAAAAUAAACACUCAUCUCCAUUAAAAACUGACCAACCUGAAACUGAAUUCCAAACCUCAUCUAUGGAGAAAGCAAAUACUGACGAUGAUGACUGUAAAAGUGUUAAGAUGAUGCCUGAUGGCUUCUUGGAGGCAAGCCAGUGUGUGAUAUGCCUUGAGAAUUUUACAAUUGGUGCCGAGAUUUGUGGCCUUCCUUGUGCACAUUGUUUUCAUGAACACUGUAUACUUCCAUGGCUGUACAGAGUUAGUCAUGCCUGUCCUAUGUGUCGAUGGCUUUCUUACAAACCUAAACCCUCUAACCAAAUGUUAUCUUCUCUUGCUCUGUCUUCAUCUACUGACUAA